GAAGUGAUUAGCUUUCUUCUUUCUUCAGCUUUCAAGGCGCGAGCUGCAAAACCAAAAGAGGUCGCGGCAAUGGAGACGCCGCAGCAGCAGAUUCAAGUCGAUCUGGGUAAUCUCAUGGCCUUCGACCCUCAUCACAGCUUCCCCUCCAUCCCCUCCUCCAGGGAGGAAUUGGUGAAGGAAUGUAUAACGAAAGGGACCGAGUUGGUUCAAGCUAUUGCGAAUAGCCUUUUCAACUUACCUUCAACUGAGGACAUAGACGGUCCCAUUGUGCAGUUGCCGCGUCCCGAAACUAAACUGCCUAGACAGAAGCAUCUGCCAGUGCCUAAACCUCCAACAAAAUGGGAAACUUUUGCCAAAACAAAAGGUAUCAAGAACCGUAAAAGAGACAAGAUUGCAUAUGAUGAGCCAACUGAAACUUGGAAGCGUCGCUUUGGAUAUGAUCGGGCAAAUGAUGAGAAUAGUGUACCUAUCAUUGAGGCGAAGGAGAAUGAUGUUCCAGGGGAGGAUCCUUUUGCUAAAAGGCGAGAGGAUAAGAAGAAAAGAGUUGAAAAGCAAGAUAAGAAUAGGUUGCAGAACUUGAAGCAAGCUGCGAAAGUCGGUGCUUUACCAAGCCAUGUUCAGCUAGCUGCCACACGGUUGCCCAUAACAGGAACCCAGUCUGCAGCCAAGAAGUUUUCUAAAGAUGAACUGGGUAAUGUAGCUGGAAUAGCAGCAACCGCAACGGCCAGCGGUGGUAAGUUUGACAAGAAAUUGCCUGGUGAAAAGCCUCCUAAACAUAAAGGAAAGUUCCGCAAGUUUUUGCCGGUUGUAGAAGGAAAAGGAAAACAAUCACAAGAGAAGGAGCAAACAGAUAAAGUACUGAACAAGCUAAUCUCUAAGAAUUCCCAUGAGAUAUUUAACGUCGACAAGGCUGUUAACAUGUACAAUGUCAGAAGGACAAGAAGCGAAAGAACACGCCGGGGAUGUCCUCAAGCACGUUAAAACCGAAGAAGAACAUCCAGAAGAAGCCAUUAAAGAAGGGAUCUUCAUCGAAAGGAAAGGGAAAGUGACUUUGUUAUUAGUCAUGACAUUUACAAGCUGUGGAGUUUUGAUGUAGGUUUUACAAGUUUAAUCAUUUGGAAUCGAAGAUUAUUAUGUAAGACUCCUUUAUUUUUCAGCAGAAAUAUUUUCAAUCUC